AUGAUGAUGAUGGACAUGGGCAUGUACGGAACCUACGGCAAGCCUGACUCAUACCCGAACUACGUCUGCACGGGUCAAGGGAAUCAUCAUCAUCAUCACCACCAUCAGCCCGUGUCCGUCGGUGGACACGUGCCCGUUCCACCCUCGCCGGAACUCGCCCCAGCCCAUUAUUUCCCUCAGACCGCCGUAUCCCCAUACUCGUCCUCCUCCUCGGAGAGCUUUCUGGCCGCCGAAUCGGCCACUUCGUCCGUUACGCCACCCCAAGGAUUUUACUCCCCGACGGCCGGUGUCCUUCAAGAGGAUGGAACAACAACCACCGCGAUCAUCUCCUCGGAGAACGGAUUGAGCUACACGAAUCUGGACUACGCGUCCACCUCCUCCACCUACGGCAAUCAACCGCAGCAACAACAUCACACGAACGGAUCCCACGGAUCGGUCGAUCCUCACCAAAGUUACCAUGUACAGCAGGCUACCUACAGAGACGACCAUCACCAUCAUCAUCCUCCAGCCUCGGGCAACAGCAAUCUUCAUCAGAGUUCAAUGGUCUCUGGCCAUACGAGAACGGACCACGAGUUGCAUCAUCAGUCUUCUAGUCAUCACCAUCACCAUCACCAUCACCACGAGUCCGAGUAUCAGAUCUCGGUCGCCGGGACCACGAACUAUCUCCACCAGCUACCCGCCACGGACGAGUCCCUUCACUAUCAUCCUCAAAUUCGACAGAACGACUACCCCGGACACACCACCGGUCAUUACAAAGAGGAAAAUCCCGAUCCAACGGGAUACCAUGUCAUCCAACAAUCUGUACAUCCUCAAAACACCCAUCAACACGGGCAUCAUCAUCAGCAGCAACAACAUCCUCAUGGACAUCAUCCUCAACAGCAACAACAACAACAACAACCCCAUGUACCCACUUACAAAUGGAUGCAGGUCAAGAGGAACGUGCCCAAGCCUGUUGUAGCAAAGACGAAUCCAAACGUGGGGGACUACAGUGGCAGCACAAUCGGAGGCACGAGUGCAUCGGCGUACACCAAUGCAACAAACGGUCCCGUAAACUGCCUUACCGGAGGUCCCUUGGCCAGCAUUGCAGGUGGUUUCAAUAAUACCGGCCGAACCAACUUCACGAAUAAGCAGCUCACGGAACUCGAGAAGGAAUUCCACUUCAACAAGUACCUGACCAGAGCAAGACGCAUCGAGAUCGCGUCCGCGUUGCAGCUAAACGAGACGCAAGUGAAAAUUUGGUUUCAGAACAGGAGAAUGAAGCAGAAAAAGAGAAUGAAAGAAGGUCUGAUACCAACCGAGAAUGCUACUGUGGCGCCGCUGGGUGGCGCGAGGAGUAGCAGCAAUUCACCCACCAGCUCUUCGAGUCACGAAACCGGCGGCCUCGGUUUAUCGAAUUUCACGAGCGACAAUAGUCGGGAAUCACCGCCCACCUCUUCAAAAGAUUGACGGGUUUCUUGCUGCAGCAACGAACGAAUUUACGGUCUACGAUUUAACGACGAUUGGUGAACUUACGAGAGCAACGAGAAAUUUCAAAUCUCCC